UGUCGGGCCGAGGGAGAGUCCCGCCUCCUCCUCUGCUGACGCUCCUCUCUCCUCCUCCUCUGCUGACACUCCUCUCUCCUCCUCUGAAGGCGUCUGCUCGCUGAACAACAAGCUGUACGUGGUGGGCGGGUCGGACCCCUGUGGGCAGAAGGGCUUGACCAACUGCGACGCCUUCGACCCGGUGAUCAGAACCUGGGCCAACUGCGCCCCCCUCAACAUCAGGCGCCACCAGGCGGCCGUGUGCGAACUGGACCGCUUCAUGUACGUGGUCGGGGGGGCGGAGUCGUGGAACUGCCUGAACACCGUGGAGCGCUACGACCCCGACGGCAACACCUGGACCCUGGUCGCCCCCAUGAACGUGGCUCGCCGGGGCGCCGCCGUGGCCGCGCACGAAGGAAAACUCUUCGUGGUCGGCGGCUUCGACGGCGCCCGCGCGCUGCGCUGCGUGGAGGCGUACGACCCCGCCCGCAACGAGUGGCGGAUGCUGGGCAGCAUGACGUCGCCGCGCAGCAACGCCGGCGUGGCCGUGCUGGGCGACGCCGUCUACGCCGUGGGCGGCUUCGACGGGAACGACUUCCUCAACACGACGGAGGUGUACGGCGCCGCGGCGGACGAGUGGAGCGACUGCGCCGCGGCGCCGCCCCCGCUCAGCGGCUGAAGGGGGCGGGGCUUCAGCUGCUUCAAACUAACAGGCUUAGUGACGUAAUCGUGUUUCGUGUUCUGUGUGGGAGGGGGCGGAGCUUGUAGGGAUGAGGGGUCUUCAGUGAAGACUGGCUUAUGGGGGGGGGGGUUGCCCAAAACAACAUGACGCCUUUGCAUAUUGCACACAGUUUGUUUCGUGCUGUAUAUAUUUUGUUUUUCUUCCUAAUUUUUUGUCACACGCCAACAUUUUAACACAUUUUAGAGGUUUUCUUCUUUCUCUCGUGGAUUGGUGACGAUUUAACUUUUUGGAAAGUUGAACAUUUUUAUUUGAGUAUUUCCGUCGUCUGAAGGUCGCUCAUCUCUCAUAAACAAGCUGGAUUGCUUUUUGAAUCUUUAAAUGGCCUUUUUUAUAUUUUUUAUACACUGCUGAUUCACUGAUACAAUAAUAAGUAGUCGCAGACGGCUCUGAAGCCGAUGAAUCUAACCAGUGCCACUUUAGUUUCUAGUUGUGCACACUACACACACACACACACACACACACACACACUUCUGCUAACCUGCUGUCGUGGUGGAGCUCCUGGACGGAGAGGUGGAGUUCACUGGAGACGAUUAUUUUUCUUUCUCGUGUUUCGAGUGUUGGUCGUUGGCAGAUUCAUCUGGAAGGAAUGUUAGAACAAGAAAAUAUCACAUUUGUAACAUUUCUUAAUGAAUAAAUCAUUUAAAUCAGA